AUCAGAAUCUGUGCUUUUUAUAAUUUGUUGUCUUGUUGUAUUUUGUGAGGACUUUCGACGAAUUUAUAAAAAUAAUUAAUAGGUGAAAAUGGAUAUAACACCCUUAUUUAAAGCAUGUAUAAAAACAGUAAAAACUCGAAAUAAGACUUUUGGUAUUUUAAGUCCGACUCCAGAAGAGAAGAAAGCCAUUUUGCGGCAAAAAUCUAAUAAAAAUGGUUUUAUGUUAACUGCAAAAGACAUUACUUCUCAAAUAACAAGACUAAGAGAUUUCUUGUUAGAACAUAGAGAGAGGUAUCUAAAUUACUUAAAUGACAUAUCGGGGACUGAAAUGACGGAGUAUGAACGUGAUCAAAUAGACACAGGUGCUCAAAGAAUCAUCAAUACAUGUUCGCACCUUAUUAAAGAAUUCAGGAGUGAUAACCGCAAAUUAGGUGUAUCACAGCAGAUGCGGGAGUACAUGGAUGCAGUCAUUGAUCUUAUAGAUAGUUAUUUAAAAGCUGUCUGUAAAAUACACAGUGAAUUGAAGGCUUUUCGUGUAAAGCGAGCCUUAGAUAUGCGAAAACUCUCACGUUUAGAAGUAACACAGAAAACAACUUCCAUACCGAACCCUUUUAUUGUAGAAGCUGAAAAAGAGAAUGAAAUUGAUUUUGAAGAAAUAGACAGUUCAAAAACAAAACUUGAGCUAUCAGAGAAUGAAAUAGCAGUUUUAUCUGAUGAAGGUGAAUUAAGUGCUGAAGAGUUGCAAAUGUUUGAAUCUGAAAAUGUCCAACUCCUUAAUGAACUAAACAGUUUGACAGAAGAAGUGAGACAAAUUGAAAGCAAAGUCUUACAUAUAGCUGAGUUGCAAGAAAUAUUUACUGAAAAGGUUUUACAACAAGAGCAGGAUAUUGAUCGCAUUGCCAAUACUGUAGUAGGAACUACGGAAACAAUGAAAGAUGCAAAUGAUCAAAUUAAGCAGGCAAUACAAAGAAAUGCUGGAUUACGAGUGUAUAUAUUAUUCUUCUUACUUGUCAUGUCUUUUACUCUUCUUUUCUUAGAUUGGUAUAAUGAUUAGAAUAUAAUAAUUGAAAAAAAAAAGUGUUGAUUUAUUG